AUGCCUGACGCCAAAGUAGCCCUCCCCAAGCCCAUUCCUUACACUGGAUUGCUCGACAAGUAUGACAGCUUCGAGGUUACUCCUUACAUCGGUUCGGAGUUUUCCGAUCUGCAGCUCACUGACCUUCUCGAGGCCGACAAUGCUGACGAGCUAAUCCGAGACCUGGCCGUGCUGGUGUCUCAGCGAGGAGUCAUCUUCUUCCGAAACCAGAAUAUUGAUGACGCCAAGCAGCGAGUUCUGGGAUCCAAGCUCGGAGAGCUGACUGGAAAGCCCCAGGAGUCCACUCUUCAUGUGCAUCCCACCGAGGCUCCUUCUUCCGAGACUGGAGAGGAGAUUCUGGUGCUGCAGCCCAACAAGGGUAUCAACAACAACAAGGAACUCCUAAGCCAGAUUUCCUCUCGAUCUUCUCGAGGAUGGCACACGGAUAUCACCUUUGAGAAGGUGCCCUCCGACUACGCUGUUCUCAAGAUCCUCAGUCCUCCUACCGGAGGAGGAGGAGACACUCUGUGGGCCUCGGGAUACCAUGCAUACGAAAAACUGACCCCUGCCUACCGAGCCUUCCUAGAGACUCUCACCGCCCACCACUCUGGUGAAUACUUCAAGACCGUGGCCGCUGCCUCCGGUCACGGCAUUGUUGAGCGACCUCGAGGGCAUCCUCUGAACCAGGGAGAUUAUCUGCAGGCAGACCAUCCCCUGAUUCGAACCAACCCUGUCACCGGCUGGAAGUCCGUCUACGUGAACCCCAUCUUUACCAAGUCCAUCAACGGCCUGAGCUGGGAUGAGUCCAAGAGUAUCCUGGAGUUCUUGAAUCAGAAUCUGGUUGAGAACCACGAUACUCAUGUGCGUUUCAGAUGGAACCCUAACGAUGUGGCCAUUUGGGACAACAGAUCCACCUACCAUACUGCUACAAACGAUUACACUGCUACCAACCGAGAAGGUCAUCGAGUCCUUUCCAUUGGAGAGAUUCCCUACUAUGAUCCCAACUCUGUGGGUAUCUUCGAAGCACUUGAGGAGCUGCAGAAGCUGGAGAUCAAAUAG